UCAGAGAGUUCCUUCCCCUGAGAGAAUUCUGCUCCAACCACAUUCCAUCUGUUACGCUCUUCAGCGGGCCGGCGGCUUCCUUCGUAGUGAACAGCAUUAUCGCUGUCCUGCCCACUCCCUCGCGAACGAAGCAAAUAGAGCAAGGUCUUACUUUCAGCUCUCUGGCCGGUGGAUCCGGAAUCCAUGUCAGAACUCCGCACAGGACCCGUCUCAGAUGGUCGGCUGAAAAGGCACCCCCCUUCCUGCCGAGAGGACAUGCGCCCCCGGUUCUGCGUGAACUCCGACAUUGCAGACUGGCUUGCCUCCAUUCACCUGGAGAGAUACCUGGGCACCUUCAAGCAGCUCGGAUAUCGGUCCGUGAGGGAUGUGAUCUCUUUGGGCCAGGAGGAUCUGCAGAAGCUGGGCGUCACGGCUACCGGGCACCGCAAAAGGAUUCUGAACCUAGUGCAGCAAACUCAACUGCUGGUGGGGGACAAAAACCGACACAUGGCAGGCGAUGGGCGUUACAAGUCUGUCAAAGGUGCGGAUUCUCCGGAGGGGCCUAAACCAAAGAACGGCUUUGGCCGGAGCCACGAAAUCUCAUCGGAAAUGGUUUCUGGCCUUGAGAUCGACCGUGAAUCAUUGGACUUCUCCCGUCCUCGGUCACCAGAGGGGGAUCCGGCCCCUCUGGUGACCAAGCCGGUACCCAAGCCCAGGACUGUGUUUCCCCGCGUGCGCCAAGGAACCAAGCUGGAACAGGACUCAGUGCUGCCAGCGUGCGCAUCUCUGACUGUCAAUAAAGCCACUUCUGGUUCAGAACAUGCGCCAACAACCUGUGCGGUUCUGGAGGGACGUGAUGCCGAGGAAGGUACUGCGGGUGCCGAGGGGGCCCCGGCUGGGCUGCGAGAUCGAAUCCCAGGGAUCAGUCUGCCACCCCAGAGCGGGUCGAGAGGAGUGGACACGGGGCCUGCACCGCAACCUUCGGCCCCUCUGAAUGAAAGGAGCCGCCAGGUCGAGUGCCCGUCGGGCGCCUCCUUUUCUUCUGCCCUCACGUGUGUUCCCUGCGCAAGCCAGCCUGCAGGCAGCCACCCAGCCGAACCUGUUGCGACUGCUGCGAUGGUGCUGCGGGAGCCGUUGGCGGUUCAAAACGCUCUCUCCAGGGCAGCCUCCCCGCAGGGAGGGGCCCAGAGUGUGCCUGAGGACCCUCGGGAAAAAGCUGAGCUCCUGCCUUCGCCAGCUGCCAGCCCGGGAGUGAAGGAUCCUGCAAGAAACCAUCCCAGCGUGCCGUCUGCAGACCCGGCCAUGCAAAACGGGACUCCAGAGGGCGAGCUGGCUCGUUUCCUGGGACAGCCCGGCCCGGGCCUGCACCACAUGCCACAGGCGCUUAUCAACAGGACAGACCCUACGGAGGAACUCAUCAGCCCCUACUGUGAGGGCAUGUUUGGACAUUCGUGGCCUUGCCAGGAGCAGGAAUACGAAGAGUUGCCAGAAUGUGCACCAAGCCAGGGCGGAGGAGGAAGAGGAGAAGGGUCCCUGAACGGAAGCUGCAACACAGAUGAAAUAAAUGCGGCUGCGAAGAGCAGGGCCAGCUUUGUGACCCAGAGGGAGCCCGAGGGCUAUUCUACAGUGGAGUCUCCCCAAGCCAGAGGCUCCCUGCAAGGACUCUGCGACCAUCUGCACAUGGAUGAAGCUUUGGACGACUUGACCAUCUCUCCCUAUGCCAGCUACACCUCCUUGUCGGAGCGCCCAGCCAGCGUGCUCAGAGGCUGGUUGGACAAGCUCUCCCCACAAGGGAACUACGUUUUCCAGCGCCGAUUUGUCAGAUUCGACGGGAAAAACCUCAUGUAUUUCAACAACGAGAAGGAGCCCUACCCGAAAGGCCUGAUUCCCCUCUCUGUCAUUGAGAUGGCCCGUCCCACCAAGGACAACAAGUUCCAGGUCGUCACGAGUCACAGGAUCUUUGUCUUCCGCGCCGAAAAUGAAGCACAGCGGAAUGACUGGUGCAGCACCCUGCAGCGGAAGGUGACUGAGCAACGCCUGCUUUCGCCCCGGCCUCCCCCCAGCAGUAGUGGAAAGCUGAUCCAGAAAUCUGGCUACCUGGAGCUCAAGAGCUACAAGUCCAAGGUCUUCGUAGCUCUUAUCCUGUCCGAGCUGUGGCUGUACAAAAGCGAGCAGUUCUUUAAAAUCGGCAUCGCCAUCUGCCUGAUCGAGAUGCAGGGCUCCACGAUUCGGGAGGCAAAAGGCCGCAGCUUUGAGCUCAUCACUCCCCUCAAGAUCUUCAGCUUCGGAGCGGAGUCCGAGCGAGAGAAGCGGGAGUGGAUGGAGGCCUUGCAGAACUCGAUCGCUGAGACGCUCUAUGACUACGAGGUGGCUGAGAAGAUCUGGUCCAACAGAGCCAACCGCUUCUGCGCCGAUUGCCGCACCCUGAACCCCGACUGGGCCUCCAUCAACCUGUGUGUGGUGAUCUGCAAGCAGUGCGCAGGUCAACAUAGGAGCCUGGGCUCCAGCAUUUCUAAGGUGCAGAGCCUGAAGCUAGACACAAGUGUCUGGAGCAACGAGAUGGUUCAGCUAUUCAUUGUGCUGGGGAAUGAGCAAGUGAACAGGUUUUGGGCCGCUCGCCUCCUGCCCUCUGAGGCCUUGUACCCGGAUGCCAGUGCUGAGCAGAGGCGGGACUUCAUCACCCAGAAGUACCGCUAUGGUCACUACCGCUUGCCACAUCCCCAGUUCAGCAGCCAGGAACACCUUCUGCAGGCUCUGUGUGCCACUGUUUCUGGACCUGGGCUCCUGCAGAGGAUGCUACAGUUCUUUGCAGCUACCGCAGAAGGUGAAGCAGGAAGUUACGAGGCUGUUUCAGAGGCUGAGAUAGACCGGCGACAGAGCGGUCCGGGUGGCAUGGAGGAGCUGAACCCGGAAGGGGUCUACAAUGAGGUCACCCAACCUGUGGUCCACAGUGGCUACCUUUACAAGGCUCCAACCAUGACUAAACUUGCAGCUGCCAAGAAAAGCAGAGAGGAAUUUCAAAAAGUCUGGUGUUCCCUGGAGAAGUGUCUUCUGGUCUUUGAGAAUGACAGCAGCUUGGAACCCAUGGGGAAGACAGAAAUGGAGGAAGUGAUGUCACUGGGCGUCAAUAGAACGUAUGCAUCUGCCAGCCCUGGCUCCUCAGACAGGUUUCCCUUCACACUGGAACUCUUUCUAAGCAGUGACCGAGUACAGCUACUAGGGGCAGACAAGCCGGGCACGCUGCAGUCUUGGGCCAGUGCCAUUGGCAAGUGGUUCACCCCUCUCUGCUGCCACUGCCUGCUGAGCUAUGAGUUCCAGAGGGUGGGCAGGCUGAGCUACAAGUCCAUGCUGAAUCCCGGCCAGUGGCUGCAAGGCUUCUUCAUCCUCCAGAAGUCCCACCUCUUCAUCUGCCCCAAGGAAGGAGAGGGAGCUGCCGAGGACAGCAUUAAUUUGCGGCAGCUGCAGGAGCUCAGUGUUGUGCCCCUUGCUGAAGAUCCAGAGAAGAAGGAAAUGCUGGUCCUUGUGGAGAUGGGGCGGACCUUCCAUCUCCAAGGGGCCUCCCGACUGGACUUCUCUGCGUGGUGCGUGGCUAUCCAGGCCUCGGCAGGAGGCCAAGGGAAUGCCUUGCGGGACCAGCAGCUCAGCCGAAGCGGCAUCCCCAUCAUUGUGAACAGCUGCAUUGCCUUCCUCACCCAGUAUGGGUUGCGGCAUGAAGGCAUUUAUCGGAAGAAUGGAGCCAAGUCCCGAAUCAAGGCUCUGAUGGAGGAGUUCCGACGUGAUGCCCGAAACGUCAAGUUGCGCAUCAGCGACAAUUUCAUUGAGGAUGUGACGGAUGUGCUGAAGAGGUUCUUCCGGGAGCUGGAGGAUCCCGUGUUCACCACACACCUGCACCCCCAGUGGAAGGAAGCUGCCGAAAUUUCCGAGAAGCCCCUACGACUGGAGCAGUACAAGAAGCUGAUAAACCAGCUGCCUCAUGUCAAUCGCAGGACUCUGGCUGCUCUGAUUGGCCAUCUGUACCGGGUUCAGAAGUGUGCUGACCUCAAUCAGAUGACCACCAAAAACCUGGCUCUGCUGUUCGCCCCCAGCCUCUUCCAGACUGACGGCAAAGGGGAACACGAGGUCCGCGUGAUGGAGGACCUGAUUGACAACUAUGUCCAUGUCUUCAAUAUCGACGAGGACCGAGUGUCGCAGAUGGACUUGGAGAACAGCUUGAUUACUACCUGGCGAGAUGUUCAGCUCUCCCAGGCUGGCGAUCUCAUUCUGGAGGCUUAUUUGGAGCAGAAGAACCCCGAUCGUUGUGUCACUCUGAAGGUAUCCCCGGUGAUGACGGCAGAAGAGCUGACCAAUCAGGUACUGGAGAUGCGGAAUGUGGCAGCCAGUGUGGACCUUUGGCUGACCUUCGAGGUCUUGGAGAACGGUGAGCUAGAGAGCCCCCUGCACCCUACCGGGAGAAAGGUCCUGGAGCAGGCGCUGCAGUGGUGCAAGUUGCCCAAACCUGGCUCUGCCUAUUUGCUGGUCAAGAAGGUGCCCAUCAAGGAAGGCACCUGCCUCUCUACAGGCGCCAAACGCGAAAGCCCCAAAUGCGGGCUGUUGAAGUGCCGCGAGGAUCCACCCAGGCUUCUGGGGAGCAAGUUUCAGGAGCGCUACUUUGUCAUCAAGGACCGCAAGCUGCUGCUGCUGAAGAGAAACGGGGAGAGUGCCAGGCCAGAACGGGAGUGGCUGCUAGACUUGGCGAAGGCUCACAUGGGGAGUUGGGAGCUGAAACCCCCCUCACCCAGUAAAUGGAGUUUCACUCUGAUUCUGGAAAAGCAGCACCUGUAUUUAUCAUGCACGGGGCAAUCGGAGCUGUGGGACUGGACCACCAGCAUCCUGAAAGCCCAGCACGACGGCCUCCGCCCAGUGAUCCUGCGCCGACACUCUUCUUCUGACCUGGCCAAGCAGAAGUUUGGUACCAUGCCCUUGAUCCCGCUGCGAGGAGACAGCACCAAUCCCAUCAUGCUCUCUGCUAACCAGACUUUGAGGCGUCUGCAUACGCGAAGGACGUUAUCCAUGUUCUUUCCCAUGAAGAUGCACCAAGACUCUCUGGAGGAGCAGCAGGAGGCAGCUGAGACAGAGCCGGUCUAUGAGGAGGUGGGCAGUUUCCAAGCCGGGGAAUUUCUGGAGCUCAGUCCUUCCCUGCUGCCUCCUGUGGAUCGGACCAAGAAGCCGGCCUCCUGCUCUGAGCAAGCACUGCCUGGCUCCCUGCCACCCUGCCCUGCCCCAAGGGCCUCUGGGACAAACUCUGGAAAGGCCCUCUCCCUCGAGAGGGGCCUCUGGCUGGAGCCAGAUAAGGCUACCAUGAUCAGCAGGCUCCCCAGACACAGGGGGGUGACUCACAGUAGCCCUGCAGAGAGAACAGCUGACCCACCCCAAAAGGCACCUGCCCCCAACAAAGAGCAGGACCCUGUGGUGCAAUUCCUUCCUCCAGAGACACCAUCUGCCCUGGGCACUCAAGUUGGCGAGACAAGGAAGAAGAGCACAUUGCUCAGUGACAGACUCAUGGAGGAACUGAGCACGGCCAUCUUGCAGAAGAACGACGGCUUGGCCGCUCUGCCCCCAAGACGGCAGGACCUCUCCUCAGCUUCUGGGGACCAGGCCCAGCUGCGAGGGUCUGGCCCCACCUAAAUGGGAACUGGGAUCAGCAGUGUUUAUGGGCUGUAAGAAUGGGUCAGGGGGAAGGGUUGGACGGAGCUGGAUUUGACAGCUGCCGAGUGCCAGUCUGGAGCAGAAAGACAGACAAGUCGACAGGCCCAGCCUUCACUCACCCUCCCUCUCCUCUUCUAUCUAAAUGUGUUAUCAUCAGAGAUCUACAAAGAAGGGUGUAGAUAAGAGGCAAAGAAAGAAACCCCUCGUUGGGUGUUUUCCGGGCGGUGUGGUCGUGGUCUGGUAGUUCCUGCUCCUAACGUUUUGCUUGAAUCCGUGGUUGCCAUCUUCAAAGGCCUGUCAUGGUAAGAUGUGUUUCUCUCUAUGGUGAUAGAAAGACAUCUUAUCAUGACACGCCUCUGAAGAUGGCAGCCACAGAUGCGGGCAACACGCUAGGAGCGAAACCUACCAGACCACAGCCACAAGGCCCUGAAAGCCCACAACAGUCCAUAGAUUCUAGCCGUGAAAGCUUUUAACAAUACUGCUCGUAUCCCUCUGAAAUAUAGUAAUUUGAUACUCA